AUGCUCGAGUACACCGACUUUCAAAAAGUCUUUCCCCCCGGGGCCCAGAUGCCCUACGACCGCAAACGCAUCCACGAAAUCGAGGCGCGUCGCAAAGAGCUGGGCGGGCAGCUCUUCAUCGAUCGUGUGUUGAAAGCGCUGGGCAUCACCAAGAACAAGGUGUAUCCUCCAAAGAACGACAAUGGGGUUCGACAACUCCACCAGCAAAUCUGCGAAAGCACCAUGUCCAUGCACCACAAGCUGUCGCUCCUCUACUACGUAUUGCUCGACUAUGACACGGUCGACGGCCAGGUCUCGAUAUCGGAGACCUUUGCGUCUACUUCCAGCAUGCCGCAGAACUACGAGAUAUUCAUGAAGGGCCUGUGGUACAUGGACGGCCUCGAGUUUUCGACGGCUCUGGAAUUCGUGGCCCAUCCAUCAUUGAUAUCCGACUUUGCGGAUGAUAUCAUCAUCGCUCUUGUCGAGCAUGCUACGGACGGCGACUACGAUCUUGCGCUCGCCUACUUCCACACGGUGCAGCCAGUCUUGAAGACGUCCAGGGCGCUGGAGCUCAUCUUUGGCGCAAUCGCUCAGACCAACGUGACCGAAGCACUGCUUUAUUCCCGGACGUUCCCCGAGCACACUCGCGAGCAGCUGUUCCGUCAAAUGGUGGCUGAAACGCUGGGCAACAAGUCGGAUCAGGCGGACGAGUUGGCCUUUUUGCCCUUUGACUCCGUCGAGGAAGCCUGGUUUGAAGAAUAUCUGUCGACCGGCGACGGAAGGAACCUGAAAAAGGCAAAGGACACGCUGCUGGUUCGCAAGAUUGCCAGCGACCGGUUUGGGGAGAUUCGCACGCAGCGCACAAGCAGCCAAUGGGGUCCUGUGCUCGAAGGCAUCAAGCUGGGUAUCGAGGGUCAACUCGAGUAG